AUGGCUUCUCUAGAUAACAAGGUUAGUGAUAAUAUACCCGACGAUGUUGCUUUCUCUAUUUUGUCAAAACUUUCUCUAAAGUCUCUCAAGCGAUUUACCUGCGUACGCAAAUCGUGGGCCCAUUUAUUUGAAAACCCUCAUUUCAUGAGUAUGUUCUGCAACAAUUUCAUUUCUAAAUAUCAUUCUUUUUACGACGAUACAUGUCUCCUCCUAAAACAAACAGUCCCUGGUCACGCCAAUCAUUGCUCAUUAUAUUUGCUUUCUGGUGAGAGGUUUGAGAAUAAGGUGAAAUUAGAUUGGCCAUCUCCAUUUCAAGAGGAUGACACUAGUAUUGGUAUUUUGGGUUCUGGUAUUAAUGGCACUCUUUGUCUCUAUCAAGACGAUACAACAGUUGUGCUAUGGAACCCAACUACCGAGGAAUUUAAGGUCAUUCCUCCCAGCCCCAUUGAUUCCCUACCUUAUUUCACCACUUUGGUUACUCUUCAUGGAUUUGGUUAUGACUUUGUUAGAGAUGACUAUAAGGUGAUUCGGCGUGCAGAACUUCUUCCUCACAACGCCUUUGAUGGUGAUUUGUUAAUUGUGCCAAUGAGGGACAGGCAUAUAUGGGAGAUGUAUAGCUUAAGAAGUGACUCUUGGAGAAAACUAAAUGUUGAUAUGCCUCCUUGUGAUACAAGUGAUGCAGGUGUUGAGGUCUACUUGAAUGGAGUGUGCCAUUGGUGGGGAGAAACUUUAGAUGGACCGUAUUUGGUAUCAUUUAACUUGCACAACGAGGUGUUUCUUACAACACCCUUACCCCAAGAUAUGUAUGAUAGUUUGGAUUCUGAAUGGGUGGAGAGACACUUAGUGGUGUUAAAUAUGUCCAUUGCUAUAAUCUCUAAUCAUGCAAAGAAAAAUUCUUUUCAUGUAUCAAUCUUGGGUGAACUUGGUGUGAAGGAUUCUUGGACUAAAUUGUUUGUUGUCGGACCUUUACCCCAUGUUGAGCAUCCUAUUGGAGUUGGGAAAAAGGGCGAUAUGUUCUUCAGGAAAAAAAAUGAUGAACUAGUCUAUUUGAAUUUAAGUACUGGAAUGAUUGGUGAGAUUGCUGUUAAAGGAGAGUCAUCUCGUUGCCAGAUAGUAAUUUAUAAGCAAAAUCUUCUUCCGAUUGGAGGAAUAAAUCAUUAA